AUCUUUUCACUCGCUUUCGCACUCACUUCGUCUUCUCUCCGUUAAAAACCGCUUUUUUUCUUCGAUUUCUUCUUCGCUGGCUUCUCUUCUUCUCCGCCAUGAACGAGUCCUCGAAGCUUGCUCAGGGCUCGUCCAUCAUUUUCGAUCUGAGAGCGCUCUUCUCUCUUCUGAGGGCUCGGAGGACGAAGGUCUUCCUCUAUGGCUUUGCCGUCGCCUUCGCCGCCUUUACUGCCUACUUGGCCUUCUGUCCCGCCGAGAAGGGCUCGCCUUGGUUCAACGACAUCUUCAGCUCCGCUUCCGCGUCCACCGCCGCCUACCGAUCGCAAAUCUCUUCGAUUGUGUCCUCCUACAUCUUCCCUAACUCCUCUUCUCCGAGAAAUCCGGCGCCUCUAUCGGAGGUUGACGGCGGCGGUGGGUCGCAGGGAGGCGGCGCCUCGGAGAGUAAUUUGACCAGAAACGGCGGCGGAGCAGGGGACCAAAAAAGUGGGGUCUUGGUGAAGAAGAACGAGACGGCGGCGGAGGGCGUCAAAGAAGAUAGCGGCGGAUCGAGGGACCAAAAGAGUGGGGUCUUGGCGAAGAAGAACGAGACGGCGGCGGAGGGCGUCAAAGAAGAUAGCGGCGGAUCGAGGGACCAAAAGAGUGGGGUCUUGGCGAAGAAGAACGAGACGACGGCGGGCGGCGGCGCUGUCGAGAAAGGAGGGAUCUUGGCGUCGAACAACCACACUUCUACUGGAAUUGAGCCGCAGGGAAGCGAUGUUACCAAGAACAAGACGACCAAUGGAGAUCCCAAGAAGAAGGAUCUUGCUGCCUCGACGAAACCCACAGCCCCGGCGACCAAGAAUCAAACAGCAAGUGGAUCGCAAUCCAAAAACACGACCGCAUCUGGAGUUCUUCCGACAAAAAUCAGCGAUUCCCGAUCGGAAAACGCGACUAGGGCUACGGACACAUCGAAGAAAGAUUCAUCAUCUGCAACACCGAAAAAUCAGACUGCCAAAGCAACUGCUUCUGCCAAAAAUGGAAAUUCACCUAUCAAGAAUCAAGCCCCAAACGAAGUAGCUUCGCAAGAAACUCAAGUUCCCAAGAGUAGCAAGGAAUCCGCCAUUAAUCCUCAGAACAAUGCUUCCUCAGUUGCAAAGCUCGAUGAGAAAGGAAAACAGGUGGAUUGGAUCAGUUCCAUGAAAAGUUGUGAUCUUUUUCAAGGCAAAUGGGUGAAGGAUGAUUCCUACCCUCUCUACGCCGAGGGCUCCUGCCCGCACAUCGACGAGCCUUUCGACUGCUACCACAAUGGCAGACCUGACCAAGCUUAUCAGAAACUCCGAUGGCAGCCUACAGGCUGCAAUAUCCCAAGAUUGAAUGCCACUGAUAUGUUGGAGAGAUUGAGAGGGAAGAGGCUCGUGUUCGUCGGCGAUUCGCUAAACCGAAACAUGUGGGAAUCCUUGGUUUGUGUCUUAAGGAACUCCAUUAAAGACAGAAGCAAGGUUUUCGAGGCCUCAGGAAGGCAUGAAUUCAGAACAGAGGGCUCUUAUUCAUUUGUCUUCAAGGAUUUCAAUUGCUCGGUGGAGUUCUUCCGCUCUCCGUUUCUUGUCCAAGAAUGGGAGAUGCCGAUAAGCAAUGGCACGAAGAAGGAGACUCUCCGGCUCGACAUUAUCGAGAGAUCGUCUUCUAGGUACAAAGAUGCGGAUGUUAUCGUCUUCAACACGGGGCAUUGGUGGACUCAUGAGAAGACCGCAAAAGGGAAAGACUACUACCAAGAAGGAGAUCAUAUUUACACUGAAUUGAAUGUGGUGGAAGCAUUCCACAAAGCUCUAAACACAUGGGCAAAAUGGGUGGAUGCAAAUGUGAAUCCCAAAAAGUCCCUAGUGUUCUUCAGGGGCUAUUCUUCCUCCCAUUUCAGGGGCGGGCAAUGGAAUUCAGGCGGGCAAUGCGACAAGGAGACAGAGCCCAUAAAGAAUGAGAAGUACCUCUCAUCCUAUCCAUCCAAGAUGACUGUGUUGGAAUCUGUCAUCAAGGGAAUGAAAACCCAUAUUGGGUAUCUGAACAUUACGAGGAUGACCGACUACCGGAAGGAUGCUCAUCCUUCGAUCUACCGGAAGCAGAACCUGACGGAUGAGGAAAGGCGAGAUCCUGAGAGAUUUCAGGAUUGCAGCCAUUGGUGCCUCCCUGGAGUUCCUGAUAACUGGAAUGAGCUACUCUAUGCACAGCUAAUUCUUAAACAACAGCAGCAGCAGCAGCUUCUGUGAAGAACACAACAGUUCAACAACAAAGUGUAUAUUAAUAUUUGUCAUGUGGCGAAUAAGCAGCAAUCAAUGAAGGGUGGAAAUUGCAAUCACAUAGAGGAAAAAUUAAGAUCAAGAAAAAAGAAAUUAAUAUCAACUAUUAUUUAUUUUAUUGUAAGUGAGAGGAAAAUCAAGUUUUUUUUUUCCUGCAAAAAAGGAUUUUAGAAUACGAUAAGGUAUAUCAUCUAUGAAGUUCAGUUAAGAAUAUUGUGCCUGUAUCAAAAGUCACAAGGACAUCUCUUUUUUGUUGAAUUGUCAAGGGGCACCUUAUGAUA